GACUGUCCUUCUCUGCGCCGAUUGUUUUUCUUUGGAUUCUAUCUGCUUGUGCAGUUAACAAAAAAAAUCUGCACGAAAACAACAAGAACAAAACAUUAUUAUUUGGUUGAUUUCUUUCCGUUAUGAGCUCGUGGCUCGCUGCAGCGCACUCGUCGGGACUGUUUCGGUGAAUGCUUGUGGUUCGGUGAAGAUGGGUCUCAGAAGGACCGUGCUCCUGUGCUUCUUGUGCUCGCUGAUGCUGGUUCUUCACGCCAGCCGCAGGAGACACGCGCGCUGCCCCGCUUCGUGCACGUGCAGCAAAGAUAACGCCUUGUGUGCCAAUACCGGAUCAAUCCCGAGGAGCUUCCCGCCCGAUGUCAUCUCACUAUCGUUCGUCAAGUCCGGCUUUAAUGAAAUCCCUAAAGAGAGUUUUAUUCACACGCCAGCCCUCCAUCUUUUACUUUUCACAGCAAACAACUUUGAUUCUAUAAAUGAAGAUGCGUUUCUUGGUCUUCCUCAUCUGGAGUAUCUUUUCAUUGAAAAUAACCAAAUCAAGUCCAUAUCGCCAUUCGCCUUCAGAGGACUGAAGUCUUUAAUACAUUUAAGUUUGGCGUACAAUAAUUUGGAGACACUACCAAAAGAUCUUUUCAAAGGGAUGGAAGCUUUGACUAAAGUGGAUCUGAGAGGAAAUCUUUUCAGCUGUGACUGUAAGCUAAAGUGGUUAGUCGACUGGAUGUUUCAUACAAAUGCAACUGUGGAUCAGAUCUUCUGCAAUGGCCCUGAAGCUUACCAGGGCAAGAAGAUCAAUGACCUUGUAGCACAGUCAUUUGAUUGCAUCACAACAGAUUUUUCGUUGUUGAAGUCUCUUGAUUUUCAGUCCAUUUCAGUCGAGGCUUUUGUGUUCGGUGGUGACCAGUUUGUCGUAUUCGCCCAGCCUUUCAUUGGCAGGUGCAGCUUCAUGGAAUGGGAUCACGUGCAAAUGGAGUUCAGGAACUUUGAUAAUAUCACAAGCACUUCCACUGUCAUCUGCAAACCUCUAGUCAUUGAUAGUCAACUCUUCAUUAUAGUCGCCCAGCUGUUCGGCGGCUCGCACAUCUUCAAGCGAGAUGUCUCUGCAAACAAAUUCAUCAAAAUCCAAGACAUCGACAUUCUGAAAGUCCGAAAGCCAAAUGACGUGGAAAUCUUCCACGUCGACGAAGAGUCUUUCUUCAUCAUAGCCGACAGCUCCAAAGCCGGCUCGACAACUAUUUAUAAGUGGAAUGGCAACGGCUUCUACUCCCAUCAGUCUUUGCACCCCUGGCACCGCGACACAGAUGUGGAGUAUCUAGAGAUUUCUGGGAAGCCUCAUCUGAUCUUGUCCAGCAGCUCUCAAAGGCCGGUCGUUUACCAGUGGAGCAAGAGCACUAAGCAGUUUGACCGGCGUACGGAUAUCCCAGAGAUGGAGGACGUGUACGCGGUCAAACACUUCACCGUGAAGAGCGAGCUCUACAUAUGUCUGACCCGCUUCAUUGGCGACUCCAAGGUGAUGAAAUGGGACGGUAGCAUGUUCACUGAGAUCCAGACCAUGGCCUCUCGUGGCUCCAUGGUCUUCCAGCCGUUCUCGAUAGCCAACUGGCAGUACGCCAUCCUGGGCAGCGACUAUGCCUUUACUCGGGUCUAUCGCUGGGAUGCAAAGAAAAGACAGUUCAUUCACUUCCAAGAGCUGAACAUUCAGGCACCCAGGGCUUUUUCUCUGGUGUUUAUUGACAACAGGGAGUUCCUCCUUGGUUCUAGUUUUAAGGGGCAAACACGUAUAUAUGAACACCUGGUCCUUGACUUGAGUAGCUGAGUUGCUUCAUUGGGACAUUUGAGGACACUGAUAAAUGAGUGUCUCGAUGGAUCUCGUGAAGAACCUUGUCCGAAACACGUCCAGGUCAUGUUUCAAUCUAAAAUCCACAGAAAUAA